GCCCGCCCGGCGCUGGGAGGGCGGCGCGGGGCUCCAAGAUGGCUUUGGCCGGGCUGUGCGCUCUGCUCGCCGGCUGCUGCCUGGCGGCGGGCAGCGGCCCCGCCGAGGCGGCGGCGGAGGCGGCGGCCAAGGAGCUGGAGUGUAAGCUGAAGAGCAUCACGGUGUCGGCGCUGCCCUUCCUGCGGGAGAACGACCUCAGCAUCAUGCACGGCCCUUCGGCCGCCGAGCCCAAGCUGCUCUUCUCCGUCCGCAACGAUUUCCCCGGCGAGAUGGUGGUGGUGGAUGACCUGGAGAAUACGGAGCUGCCUUACUUCGUGCUGGAGAUAUCAGGCAACACAGAUGACAUCCCGCUGGUGCGCUGGCGGCAGCAGUGGCUGGAGAAUGGCACGUUGCUCUUCCACAUCCACCACCAAGAUGGGGCCCCCAACUUGCCUGGCUUUGACCCCACGGAUGAGCCCCAGACUGAGUCGGCGGAGGAAGAGCUGAGGAUCCUUCACAUCUCUGUCAUGGGAGGGAUGAUUGCCUUGCUGCUCUCCAUCCUCUGCCUAGUGAUGAUCCUCUACACCCGCCGGCGGUGGUGCAAGCGGCGCCGGGUGCCGCAGCCCCAGAAGAGCGCCAGCGCCGAGGCGGCCAACGAGAUCCACUACAUCCCCUCGGUGCUGAUCGGAGGCCACGGGCGGGAGAGCCUGCGCAAUGCCCGCGUACAGGGCCACAACUCCAGCGGGACGCUCAGCAUCCGCGAGACCCCCAUCCUGGAUGGCUACGAGUACGACAUCACCGACCUGCGGCACCACCUCCAGCGCGAGUGCAUGAAUGGCGGGGAGGACUUCGCCAGCCAGGUCACCCGCACCCUGGACUCGCUGCAGGGCUGCAAUGAGAAGGCCAGCAUGGACCUCACACCAGGGAGCGAUAACGCCAAGCUGUCCCUGAUGAACAAGUACAAGGACAACAUCAUUGCCACCAGCCCCGUGGACUCGAACCACCAACAGGCCACACUGCUGUCCCACACCUCCAGCAGCCAGCGCAAGCGCAUCAACAACAAAGCGCGAGCCGGCUCAGCGUUUCUUAACCCCGAGGGGGACUCGGGGACAGAGGCGGACACCGAUCCUCAACUGACCUUCUACACGGACCCCUCACGGAGCCGGAGGCGCAGCCGAGUGGGCUCCCCCCGAAGCCCUGUGAACAAGACCACACUAACCCUCAUCAGUGUGACGAGCUGUGUCAUCAGCCUUGUGUGCUCUUCCCACAUGAGUUGCCCCCUUGUUGUCAAGAUCACCCUCCACGUCCCUGAGCACCUCAUUGCUGAUGGGAGCCGGUUCAUCCUGCUGGAGGGGAGCCAGUUGGAUGCCAGUGACUGGCUGAACCCCGCGCAGGUCAUCCUCUUCUCCCAGCAAAAUUCCAGUGGGCCCUGGGCCCUGGAUCUCUGCGCCCGGCGCCUCCUCGACCCCUGCGAGCACCAGUGUGACCCUGAGACCGGUGAGUGUCUCUGCUAUGAAGGUUACAUGAAGGACCCCGUGCAUAAGCACCUCUGCAUCCGCAAUGAGUGGGGAACGAACCAGGGGCCUUGGCCGUACACCAUCUUCCAGCGCGGUUUUGACUUGGUGCUGGGCGAGCAGACAUCCGACAAGAUUUUUCGGUUCACCUACACCUUGGGAGAAGGCAUGUGGCUGCCACUGAGCAAGAGCUUUGUCAUCCCACCAGCCGAGCUGGCCAUCAACCCCUCGGCCAAGUGCAAGACUGACAUGACGGUGAUGGAGGAUGCGGUGGAGGUCAGGGAAGAGCUGAUGACUUCCUCCUCCUUCGACAGCCUGGAGGUCCUCCUUGACUCCUUCGGCCCCGUCCGUGACUGCUCCCAGGACAACGGGGGCUGCAGCAAGAACUUCCGCUGCAUCUCAGACCGCAAGCUGGACUCGACAGGCUGCGUGUGCCCGAUGGGACUGAGCCCCAUGAAGGAUGGCACGGGCUGCUACGACCGUCAUGUUGGCGUGGACUGCUCAGAUGGUUUCAACGGGGGCUGUGAGCAGCUGUGCUUGCAGCAGAUGGUCCCCCUGCCUGAGGACCCCCUGCUCUACAACAUCCUCAUGUUCUGCGGGUGCAUUGAGGACUACAAGCUGGGCACGGAUGGGCGGUCAUGCCAGCUCAUCUCAGAGUCGUGCCCUGAGGUAGGGGACUGCGGCGAGCCCCGUGAACUGCCUAUGAACCAAACGCUCUUCGGGGAGAUCUUCUAUGGCUACAACAACCACUCCAAGGAGGUGGCCACAGGGCAGGUGCUCAAAGGGACGUUCAGGCAGAACAACUUUGCCCGGGGCCUGGAGCAGCAGUUGCCAGAUGGGCUGGUGGUGGCCACGGUGCCCCUGGAGAACCAGUGCCAAGAGGAGCUCUCCGAACCCACACCUGACCCUGAGUUCCUCACUGGGAUGGUGAACUUCAGCGAGGUGUCUGGGUACCCCCUCUUGCAGCACUGGAAGGUGCAGUCCGUCAUGUACCACGUCCGGCUCAACCAGCUGACCAUCUCCCAGUCCUUCAGCAAUGCGCUCCACUCUCUGGAUGGGGCCACCUCCCGUGGAGAUUUCAUGGCCCUGCUGGACCAGUUUGGCAACCACUACAUCCAGGAGGCAACGUAUGGCUUUGAGGAGUCCUGCUCCAUCUGGUAUCCUAACAGACAGGUCCAGCGGCAGCUCUGGCUGGAGUACGAGGACAUCAGCAAAGGUAACUCCCCCUCAGAUGAGUCAGAGGAGCGUGAGCGGGACCCCAAGGUGCUCACCUUCCCUGAGUACAUCGCCAGCCUCUCCGAGUCAGGCACCAAGCGCAUGGCAGCUGGUGUGCGGAUGGAGUGCCAGAGUCGCGGGCGCUGCCCCUCCUCCUGCCCACUCUGCCAUGUUGCCUCUGGUCCUGAUGUGCCAGCCGAGCCCAUCCUGCUGGAGGUCACCAAAGCAGCCCCCAUCUACGAGCUGGUCACCAACAACCAGACCCAACGGCUCUUGCAGGAGGCCACCAUGAGCUCACUGUGGUGCUCAGGCAGCGGGGAUGUCAUCGAGGACUGGUGCCGCUGUGACUCGAGUGCCUUUGGGGCUGAUGGGCUGCCCACCUGCGCACCUCUCCCACACCCCAUCCUGCGGCUCUCCACCGUGCAUGAGCCCAGCAGCACACUGGUGGUGCUGGAGUGGGGGCACUCAGAGCCCCCCAUUGGGGUGCAGAUCGUUGACUACCUCCUCCGUCAAGAGAAAGUCACUGACAGGAUGGACCACUCCAAGGUGGAGACAGAGACAGUGCUGAGCUUCGUGGAUGACAUCAUCUCCGGUGCCAAGUCGCCCUGCGCCAUGCCAGCCCAAGUGCCUGACAGGCUGUCCUCCACUAUCUCCCUCAUCGUUCGCUGCCUAGAGCCUGACACCACCUACAUGUUCACACUGUGGGGAGUAGAUAACACAGGAAGACGCUCCAGGUCCAGUGAUGUGAUGGUCAAGACCCCCUGCCCCGUGGUAGAUGAUGUGAAAGCUCAAGAAAUAGCAGACAAGAUCUACAACCUCUUCAAUGGCUAUACCAGUGGCAAGGAGCAGCAAACAGCCUACAACACUCUACUGGACCUGGGUUCCCCCAGCCUGCACCGAGUCCUUUACCACUACAACCAGCACUAUGAGAGCUUUGGGGAGUUCACUUGGCGUUGUGAAGAUGAACUGGGACCCAGGAAAGCUGGCCUCAUCCUCUCGCAGCUGGGAGACCUCAGCAACUGGUGUAACAGCCUCCUGCAAGAGCCCAAGAUCAGCCUCCAGCGCUCGUCCCUUAAGUACCUCGCGUGCCGCUACAGUGAGAUCAAGCCCUACGGGCUCGACUGGUCAGAGCUCAGCCGGGACCUCAAGAAGACGUGCGAGGAGCAGACGCUGAGUGUCCUUUACAAUGACUAUGGUGACAAGGACUACUGAGAGUUGUGGGUGCCCGCUUUCAUGCUGGCCUUCCCAUGGGCAUUUGUGAAGGUUUUAUACAUGAACCCACGGCGGGGAGGGUGUCACUGAUGUUUCUGGAGGCAAAAAUUUGGACUCUGUGCAGGACUGACUCAGUAUUAGUUUCUUCUUUGACUUUGCCAAAAGCCUUUCUAGUUAGAAGUCUUGUGGGACCCAGUUUUCUUGGAUUUGUUUUAUUCAUUUUGCCAAGAGGUUCCUCAGCAUCAGUGGAGAGGGCAGGUUGGAAGGGAACAGCUCUUUCUGCCUGCCCCAUCUCUGCUCUGGCUGUGGGGAACAUCCCCGAGGGUGGGGGACACUGGUCACGAGAGAAACACGGUGACACAAGCAUGAGGGGACAGCAAGCGAUGCAGGGUUGGGAAAAUGGAAGCAGGGCAUGGAGGUCAGGUUGAGAUGCUAAUGGUUGUGGCUGAGCAAACCAGCUACUGGGCAGCCAAGAGAAUUGGGAUUGUUGUUUUUUUGGCAAUUGUAAAGCAUGAGGUCUGGAUGAGACCUGGCUAAGUGAUGGUGCCACUGCAAGGCAGGAGUGGGGCGCCAUCAUCUGGGGCAAGGAGAGGGGGGCAUUGGUGACCCCCAUCUCCUCAGGUUCUUCUGUGAUAGUCAAAGCCCACAUUUGCUCCAAGAGGGCAGCUUGGUCUCAGGGCCAGUGGUCAGCUGGACAUCAUCAUCUUUCUUCUUGUGGGACCAAAUUCCUUAGAAGUCAACUUAAAAAUCCCUUCCGUUUUUUUUUUUAACCCACCAUAAUAAAGACUUCAAAGCAAUGUCAAACUACUGCUCAGGAGAGCCCCAGUCAAGACAGCAGCACCCAUACGGCACAGACGAGGUUGCCUUCUGCACCAGCCGCCCUGUAGCCAUGGCAUAGCGCAGGCUCUGCAUGGCGAGGGGUGUGAGGUGUUGUGUACCCCGAUGCAGCAUUGCACAACGGUCCCAGAGGUCCUCGUCCCAAAGAGGGCUCAGUGACUUGGUGUGACGGGCAGGCUUCUGGGGGUGUUGCUUGCCCGUGUUCAGGCUCACAUCUGCAGCUCUCACUGGUGACUUUUUUUUUUAAACCAGAGAGCUGAGGUUGUCCUGGGACACUGGGCUCAGUUCAGAGCAAACUGUUCCCGAAAACCCUGUUACCACUGACAGUGUUGGAGGCAGCAAACGGCUUCCUUUUAGCUUCAGCUUCCAGCCUUCUUUGCAGAGGAGGCAUCUCUGGACUUGCCAGCUGUGCACUUUUGAUCUGGACAAGCCCUACAGUGGGAUUUUUACGAUGCCUCUUCAGAAAGAAAUUUCCUUUUCAUUUUUUUUUCAGUCUUGGCAGGAGCAAUCUUCAGACGGUCUCUUACGAUUUUCUGCCUCAUUCCUCCUGCUACCUGCCAAGGACACAGCUCGAAUAUUUGCGUGGUGCUGGGAGGGAGGCGGCUGUGAUCCGCAGCCGGUCACAGCAGACAGCGCUGCAUCACGGUAUUUGCACAACAACAGUUCAGUAUCUUCCUGCUGGACAACACGUGGCUUCUCAUGGGCAGACCUCUCCUCCAGGGGCAUCUGGCCUAGACUGGGGAGCAGUCACUAGCAGUCAGUGUUACCUGGGUGUCCCAGUGUUGUGUCUGUAAGCGGUCUUUGGGCAAACACCUGCUCUUUGCAAGGAAGAAGUCUACUGGGUCCUUUUGGCUUUUUCUUCCAUGUUUCUCCUUAUAUUUUGAUGUGCCCGAUGCUGCCAAGGGCUUGGGGCUCAGAGCAAGACCAGCGCCACCUCUGUGCACAGGUAUGUGUGGGCAGGUGAUCCAUACUGAGCUGUUGCUCCUUUUCCUUUCAGCCACGGGCAAUCUUGGCCAAGAUGCUUUGGUUUAUCCUCUCACUUCUCCCAGUGGACACUGAGACAACUUUUAACUUCCAGCCAGGCAGCCAUCCAGGGAUGGGCAAAGGGCACCUCUGCUCAAUGCCUCGGAGGGAUGCUUGAGUGAAGGCUGCUCUGGCCCAGACACAAGUUGGUUGCUUGCCAAGUAAUACCACUUACGUGGCCUUUAUAUGAAACGCAGACUGUUUUCCUUUGGGUAGCAGACUCCUCUCUUUUAUUGCUUACUAGGUACAGCAGCAGGGACAGGAGCAGUGCAGUCUGCCAGCCACUAGCUGCGAUGCUGCCAGGAAAACCCCGGACGCCCCACCCAUUCACACCUGCCUAGGUUACUUUUUCAUCCUGCCCCAAGAUUUGCACUGGGGCUCUGCAGAUAUUUCUGUUCUGCUUCUCUGCUCACAUUUCAAAGCCCUUGCAUGGUCAACCAGAACCCUGCAGCAUCAUCAGCCGGCCAGGCUGGGCUCUUCUCCCUUGGAUCCAGCUUCCCUGUGGGCUGGGAGAUGGACCACCCCAGAGGGAGAGAGGAAAGCCACCAGUUCACGGUCCUUCAGUAUCACCCUUGCACAGUUGGACGUGACUUGGCAUCCCCAUCCUGUGAUGGACUGUGCAGUCUGCUGGGGGGGCUGUGCUCUGCCUGGUUGACCGCCGUGGUGUUGCUGCACCUGCUGUGCCGGCAGGUCCUGCCAGUGUGGCACUUCUGCGGAGCCAUUUUCAUGAUGGCCGUGGCUUUGUGAAGGCUCCCUUCUUGGUUUCUUCACUCUGGCUUUGCAACUCAGAAUUUUGCUCGAACUUAGAUUUUCUUGCCAAAACCCCCCAGAUACAUACAUGAGCCCAUCUCAGACAAGCGCCAACAGCCUGCCAUGGGGGCCUAGACCACAGUGGGGGGGUUGCACCAUGGCUGCAGACCUGGCCUGGGUGAGAUGUGUAGCAGGGGGCUUGCUCACUCACAACAGCCAUGGGACAGCCCCAAGGCAUGCCCUUCCCUGCAGAGCUGACACCAUCUGCAUCUGCCACAGUAUCCUACACAGUAUUUUCUCUCUCAGACUCCUGUGUCUUCUCAUGCUGCCAACCACAAAAAAGCUGGAGAAGACACUGCUUUCUGUACAUUUGUGCAACCUCCCUCACCCCCCGCCCUCUCUUCUUGUUUUAUUAAUUAACUGAAUGAUCAUUCACCUGAGAUGAACCUCUGGGCCAUUAUGUUUUCUUUGCUGCACCCAUACCCCUGUAAUAGCAUUACUACCUUUUACUUGUUGUAGAGUUAUUUAACAUAUAAAGAUGUUUUGGUCCUUUUCUUUACAAAGAUGGCUACAAUUCAUGUUCCUUGAUGUUCUAUUAAAACUCUAAUGUGACGUUUUACUACUGUAGAUUGAAAGUAGGGUGCUUUAGGGUGAGAUAGCCACACAGCAAGAAACACAAAACCCUUCUGGAUUACUUAAAAAAAAAAAGGUCUUAAACAACAGCAGCACCAACAACAAAAAAAUCAUUGUAACACUAUGUAAAACUCCAGAUGAUAAUUUAACUGAUUAUUAAAUGGAGCUGUUAUUAA